AUGACGCAAUCUGUUCCGGAAUAUUUCACUCUCCUUCCUUCAGAAAUAUGUCGUCUUGUGCUGGGCUAUCUAGUUCACUCCGGUCCCGAGUCCGCCGCAAAAGUACUUUUCAGCGAAAGCAUCCAUUUGUCUGAAUUACGGGCACAAUACAAGACAGUCACUGACUUACCCCUACAUCUCACACAAUUCACUUUGCUUGAUCUGGUAUACGAUUACUUGCGAAUUGCUAAUUCAGUCGCCCACCAGUUGUCCAAACUUGGGGUCGUAUGUCGAUUGGGUGCUGUAUCAACUGUGCUUCCGCAUCUGCUGAAAACCAACCCAAACGCAUCUGCCGGCCGCCGAAUCAGCCCCGUUUUUCCCACUCGACCUUCAUGGAUGCCAUUAGGCAAGACCUAUUUGCCACCGCGGAUUGUGCACGGAGAACCUAAAGGACCUGUUCGACUACCUUUGCUUGCCGUUCGUCCGCACCUAUACUCCGACGGUGUCAGUGGUGUACCCGGUUCUCGCACGUCGAGUGCCACCGAUGUCCCUUCACAACUUCCUAGUAUCGUGAGUAUUCAAGGCAAUGUAGGAAUUCCGCGUGUUCUGUCGUCAGAACCGUCGUCAUCUUCAACCUCGAAUUCCCGACCAGUGAUACGCCUCUAUCGUAACCCGGUUGGUACAGGCCCACCUUCCGUUCUAAAUAUGGUCGAAGAACAGAAACUAGAUGAAGCUUCCGAUGUCCUGUCGUCCUCACCACCUUGUUCUCAGACUACUGCACCCACAGAGCACAGUGAACCGACCCCCACAGACACAAACCCCGAACUCCUACCUGCUGAGGAGACUGAAAGAGUCGUGGUUGAUGAACCUACUGUCAGUCUACCGGAGGAUCCAAUUGCAGAAGCCGAAGAAGUGCCACCUUCUCCGGUCGAUGCAUCUGAUGAGGAGGUUGAACAGAAACUGGAAACCAGUGUAGAGACUGGCAUUGAAAGUACGACAGAAGUGAAAUCGGAAUCUCAGGCACCGUUCACGGUCUUUCAACAUCUACCACCUCCUACUGAGACUCCUGCAGUUCCCUCCGUAGAUGUCACAUGUGACCGAGCUUCCGAUGAGGCGAUUUCAAAGGCAUCCUCGAAGACCAAAAGGCGCAGAUGGAUUCCCCCACGUCACAUGGUGACCGCACCGGAGGUUCCCGAAGCCACUGGGACAACAUCUGCCGCUGAGAGCAGUUCCGCUGAGGACGAUGUGGAUCUUGAGCGAUUUAUUGCCGCUCUUCUCGAUCACCCCGAACAAGUGGCUGGCCAUAUCAACGCCAAGAUCGGUGGACAAUCAAAGUCGGUUGUCGUUCAAACUCAUCCAUUGCGGCUAUCUCCACCCAAGUCAAGCCACUCGUGUUUUUCAUCAACUCGCCCUGUGAGAUCCUCGUCACCGGAGGACCAGAUCCUUACAGACAAUUCUCUUUCACCAUCUUCCAUGCCACUGCACCCACCUCAUUCAAGCGUACCAACGUCAAACGAUCCUGGCGCUGCAUUAUUAAAUGUCGAUGAUCUGGACUUCUGCAUCGAUCAGCUGCUGUCUGAAUUCGACGCUGCUGAUGCCGAGAUGGAGGAUUUGCCCGAUCAGCUCAUUCCUUCGGCAACUCCAGUUCCCACAGACGUGGUAGAAUUAUCCGUCCCCUCGAGGGCAUCAACUCCUGCUGUUCUGCCGGCGGCUAACCCUAAGCAAUCUGAGCCGAAAUUCAAUUCCAGACUUGCCUCUAAGUCGCCUCGACGCCCUGCCUCUCCACUGUGUCUCAGUCAACUUACCAGAACAGCUGUGGUGGCCGAAUCCCCAAAUAAACGCCGCCGGUUUUAUGCAAGUGAGGCACAUAACGGUGGAGCUUUACGCACUCCAGACGGGAAGAUCCCGGAUUUCGGCCCCCAACAAGUUCAGUCGCUUCAGAAAGAUUUAUUUUCUACCGAGUGUGCGAUGCAAUUUUACGAGGAAUUUGUCGGUUUCGAUAGGACUCCAACGGUUUCCACAACUGAUGACUCUAGAUUCAGCAUUCCCACCAAACCGAGAACGACCGGUGUUCAAAUUGCCACCUCUCACUGUCCAAUAGAUAUGGUCCAGCUAACGUCAGUUAGCGCAUCACUGCACACCGGUGAUCCUGGUGGUGAGGUUCAACGAUGGUUUCCAGAGACACUCCCCAAUAAUGUUGCUUGUUUUGCAACAGCGCCUCCACUCAGUUCGACUGUGAUGUCCACUGCCUCACCAAUCUGCGUGCCGUCUUCCAUUCUCCCACACAUAUCCACCCUUUUACCUGCUGUGGAGCAUCGGCGACCAGUCUGUGUGAACAGCACAGACGUGGGAGUCGGUAAACCGCUUCUUCCAUCUACUUUCUUCACGGGUACUCCUGAGUCCCACACCACCAUCUCCACCGCGACUUCAACCCUCACCGGAUCCGUCUCCAGACCACCGACUCUGCAAUUCACCUCAGUCGGCUCGACAAACGGUGCCCCACAGACCAUUUUGUUCUACCCCACAGUUCAUCCGACUGUGACGUCGACUGUGACGCCCGUCAGAAGAGAGGCGCUUAGAGGGCUGAACUUGGCGACUAACGUAUCUUCUAGUUCGAAUAUUCUGACAGUGCCGUCCAUUUCCAACCUUGGUUCCAUCGAAAAUUUGGAUGGCAAACCGGUUAUCAUUCACCUCCCUCCGUCGGCCUCGAUCGUCGGAACUUCUGUGUCCGGACAACUACAGACCGUCUGUCUACCUCCCCAGUCUCAGUGGACAGGCCAACAGACGACGAUCAUACUCCCGUUCAACGUGGAUCUGGACAGCCCCAAUCCCUACAGCCUUCUUCAGUCUUCCGGAUCUGCGAACAGUGCACCAAAAGGCGUUGUUCCUACAGUCACCGACAAGGAAAAUCGACCUCCAUUAGUUGUACAGACGUCCUCGCGUCGAAAGGUGCUCAACUUGGGCUCGCUCGAUGUGGAUCACAUCCUAUCACAAUCGCACUGAUUUAUUCCACGAAAUAGUACAUCAAUAAAGCAAAUAUUUUUGUACGUUUAGAUUUGUCCUUUCCGCAACGCUUAUUUCUUAUUUCUUCACGUAAAGCUGUGUCGUUUCCGGAAUAUAUAUUUUUUAACUUCCUGACUUAUUCAAUUUUCUGGCUGUGAAGAUGAUAAUCUCUAAUGAAUAUUUUGUAGAAAGGAU